GUUUUGUCACCCUUGCAAAGCUGAGCUGGCAUCCUGCUUGCGUUUUGCAUGACUUGUUUUGUCUUCUUCUCCGAGGCUACAUUGUUCCCUUUAUUUGAUGUCGUGGCACCCGCAGUACCGCAGCUCCAAGUUCCGCCACGUGUACGGCAAAGCCGCCAGCAAGGACAAGUGCUACGACUGCGUGCCCAUCACCCGCAACGUCCACGACAACCACUUCUGCGCCGUGAACCCCAACUUCAUCGCCGUGGUGACCGAGUGCGCGGGCGGCGGCGCCUUCCUCGUCAUCCCCAUCAAGCAGACGGGCAAGCUUGACCCACAUUAUCCCAAAGUAUGUGGGCACAAAGGAAAUGUCCUGGACAUCAAGUGGAACCCAUUCAAUGACUUUGUAAUAGCUUCGUGUUCAGAAGAUGCCACGAUUAAAAUCUGGGACAUCCCCAAUCAGUUGCUGAAAAGAAACAUUACCAGUCCGAAGAAAGAACUUCUUGGGCAUGCUCGAAGAGUCGGUCUGAUUGAAUGGCAUCCCACAGCAAAUAACAUCCUCUUCAGCUCUGGCUACGACUACAAGAUAAUGAUCUGGAACCUUGGUGUCAAGGAUGAUGUCCUUUCAAAGCCAGUGAAGGUUCUUGAUGUUCACAAGGAUGUGGUCCUCUCCAUGUCAUUCAACACAGAUGGUAGUCUCCUUGCCACAGCUUGCAGGGACAGAAAGAUACGUGUGAUAGACCCUCGUGCUGGAACAGUGCUGCAGGAGGCAAGCUACAAAUCUCACAGAGUCAAUAAAGUCUUGUUCCUUGGAAACAUGAAAAAGCUGUUCUCUACUGGAACAUCUUUGUGGAAUAAUAGGCAAAUUGCUUUAUGGGAUCAAAAUGACCUUUCUGUGCCUUUACUGGAGGAGGAUCUGGAUGGCUCCUCGGGACUGUUGUUUCCAGUCUAUGACUCUGACACUCACAUGCUUUAUGUGGUGGGAAAGGGUGAUGGAAACAUACGGUACUAUGAGAUAAGCCCUGAGAAGCCUUACCUGAACUACCUGAUGGAAUAUCGCUCCCCUUUACCCCAGAAGGGAAUUGGAAUGAUGCCAAAGAGAGGUCUUGAUGUGGCAGCUUGUGAAAUUUUCCGUUUCUACAAACUGAUUCCAACUAAAAGCCUGAUUGAGCCCAUCUCCAUGAUCGUGCCUCGACGGUCGGAAUCAUACCAGGAAGACAUCUACCCCUUGACUGCAGCAGCCCAGCCAGCACUGACAGCACAACAGUGGCUGAGCGGAUUUAACAAAGGGCCUGUCUUGGCAUCCUUGAGACCAGGCUCUGAACCUGUGAACUCGCUACCACAGUUUCUUGAGCCAGAGCCACUUACAAAAACCACUGACAUGAGAUGGCAACGGGGAGGGAGAGAAAAGGUGCCACUGGAGGACAAGCAGAAUCCAAGAGAGCUCAAAGAAGGCAGAAAAUGGCUGAAAGUGGAGGAGAAAUUGCCAAAAAAUGAGCAAAUGUGCCUCUCCAAUGGCUUUGAUAUAUUUGAGUGUCCACCACCAAAAACUGAAAGUGAGCUUUUGCAGAUGUUUUACCGGCAACAGGAAGAAAUCCGUCGACUACGUGAGCUGAUAAACCAGAGAGAUGUCCAAAUUAAACAGCUGGAGUUGGAGCUCAGAAAUGUCUGCGUGGACACAGACAAAUACUGAGUGUGCUGGCCUGCAGCUCUUUGUACCCCUGGRAACUGGCGAGGCUCCAGUUCCUGUGGAUAACUCCUCCUAGAUUUUUCACUUGGGGUAAAUUGAUAUUUCAGGCAGCAUGGACUUCCCUGGCUUGUGGUGGUCACAUUUCCCUAAUCGUCACCAGACAGUUUUUGAUGGAUUUGCUGCGCUUCGUCAGGCUCCCCUUGCUUGCCUUCUCACCAAUGUCAGAAGCUUGUGUGUUAAUGCUUGUGAGAGACUUUGGAAAAUCAUGCUCUUCUGGUUCUGGAGAAGUUACAUGUUAAGCUCGAGGAACAACCUUUUUUGCUGCCUCUCCACAUGACAGGGGGAUGGCAGACUGAAGGCACCUGCCAGUUUCUUUCCUCACCCUGGGACCCAGCGAUGUGGCUCCUGUCCUCUAGCCCAGGGAGCCCCCUCUGCUGAGCUUCAGAGGCACCUCUGGCUCCAAAGGGAUCCUCCUGCACCCCUCUCACCUCACAGCCUGGCCCUACCCCCAGGGGGUUGGGCACAGCCGUGGCUGCCCUGACCUAGUGCUGGGGAUAGUCCCUCUCUGAGUGGCGGCUGCACUGGGGGUGCCAAGGGCCAGUCACUUUGGUGAYUGGUGAAGGAGAGUCGGUGUUGGAGGUCCUGCUUUUCAAGGGUGAUGGUGUGAGCUAGUUCUCACCAGAGAAGCUGCCGAAUCUCUGUGUCCUGUGGGUCAGUGGCCUUCUUUCUCUCCUUCUGCCAAAGACCAGCUGCAGCCAACUGGGGGUCAUCAGAGAAAUGAGGACAACAUUUAAAGCUGCACAGUGUUGACAGUCAAGGAAUUUGCCAAAAUYUGGUUUAAAAGGAUGAACAGGGAGUUGGACCCCCAACCCACUGCAAGCCUUUCAGCAAUGGUGCUAGAAGUAUUGUCAUCCACAGUAAGAUCACAGGGCUGUGGCCAGUCAUGAACAACCCACCAGGGGUUGCUGGAAUAUUUCCUGUCUUUAUGCCUGCAGCUCCUGCUUCCUUAGCUUCCAGGUGCCAGCAGCUUGUCCCAUUCCUGCAGCCAUCUGCAGCCAUAGGUCCCCACCUUGCCAGCUGUGUUAUCCAGCUCCCUGCAUCCUCCCAGGCUGCCCAGCCUUGCCCAGCCCUGUGGCCACACUGAUCUGUGCUCUUCAGCACCAGCUCUCUGGCUUGCUGCUGGACAGUUUGGAGAUGUCUUAAACCCAAGCAGAGCAAACAGACACUAUUUAACCUGUAAUUGUGCACCUCUGUUGUGGCACAGAGAAAUCACAGAAUCAACUAGGUCCAGGGGAUACGUCUAGGACACAUUCUUGUCACCAGAUCUGUUCUAUUGGCUUCAUUUUUUUUUCUUUUUUUUUUUUUUUUU